AUGACGACGAGAACGGCGCGCUGCUGGCAAGGCAGUGCAGGCACGUUCCAUCCUCUUUCAUUCUGCGGGGGCCAGCGUGUUUACGCGGACAUCUCCAUUCGAUCUCGACUUUUCUGCCCGAGCGUCUCUCAAGAAAGGAAAUUCUCGGGAACUCAACGGAAGAGGCAAGGCCCCGCUGCAUUGAUACUGUUUAACCAUGUCUUGUUCCCUGCUCGGGAAUCUUCUUCUGCUAGAAAGUCUCCGCCAACGGUCAGAUGGUUCUCGAGCUCUCGCAACUCUCUGAACAGCAACCAGCAGGACCAGGAGAUGCGCGCUCAAAAGGGGAACGGCUCCCAUCGAGCGUUCAUCGCUCUUGGGAGCAAUAUGGGAGACCGCAUUGGAAUGAUCGAGCGCGCGUGUCUGGAGAUGGAAAGAGCAGGGAUCAAGAUCAAGAGAACAAGCUCCCUCUUUGAAACCGCGCCAAUGUACGUCCUUGAUCAGGAGCCUUUCAUCAAUGGAGCCUGCGAGAUUGAGACCACCAUGGACCCGAUUCAGUUGCUGGACACCCUGCAGUCCAUCGAGAAGGGACUGGGACGACAAAAGACGAUCGACAAGGGACCGCGGGUUAUCGAUCUCGAUAUUCUCCUGUACGAUAACGAGAUCGUGUCUCACCCCCGUCUCAAUAUCCCGCAUAAAUUGAUGCUGGAGCGAGAAUUUGUGCUCCGGCCUCUUUGCCAGUUAAUUCCUCAUGAACGAUCGCCCUUGCCAGGCAUGAAUCUGACCUUUCUCUCUCAGCUCAAGUCGUUGCCACCACCGGAGACGCCGCCAGUCGUCACGACUCCAAUCGCACCUUUCCUCCCUCCAUUGACCCCGUCGGACCCUAAGCGCCGUACCCAUGUAAUGGCCAUCUUGAACGUCACGCCAGACUCCUUUUCCGACGGCGGGCAGCACUACUACUCCCCCGAUGACUUUUCCCGCCUCACGGCAACGGUCCGCAACUUCAUCUCCGCGGGCGCAACCAUCAUCGACAUCGGCGGUGAGAGCACUCGUCCCAACUCGGUUCCAGUGACGGAGGAGGAAGAGCUCGCCCGCGUCAUCCCCGUCAUCAGACAUAUCCGCACCUCGAUCCCCGAGGCCGCCAACGUUGCCAUCAGCAUCGACACGUACCACGCGCGCGUCGCGGCCGAGGCCUGCGCUGCAGGCGCAGACAUCAUCAACGACGUGUCGGCCGGCACGCUCGAUCCGGACAUGCUCCCGACCAUGGCGCGGACCGGCAAGACCGUCAUCCUGAUGCACAUGCGCGGGACGCCAUCCACCAUGACCAGGCUAACCGACUACCCGAAUGGCGUCAUCCAAGACGUCGGGUCAGAACUCCUCGCGCGCGUCCGGGCCGCCGAAGAAGCGGGUGUCCGUCGGUGGCGCAUCAUCCUUGACCCGGGCCUCGGAUUCGCGAAAGGCCAGACACAGAACCUGACUCUGCUACGGGACAUGCCGAGGCUGAGGAACGAGAUCGAGGGCCUGGAGUACUUCCCCUGGCUGGUGGGGACCAGUCGCAAGGGCUACAUCGGGCGCAUCACGGGCGUGGAGAAGGCGAGCGAGCGGACCUGGGGCACGGCGGCGGCCGUGACGGCCAGCGUCGCCAGCGGAGCGGACAUCGUGCGAGUCCACGACGUGGCGGAAAUGAGUCAGGUUGUGAAGAUGGCUGAUGCGAUUUAUCGAGUUUGA